AUGUCGCUGCGCUUGGAGCUGCGCUCGGCUGUGGUGGACCUGGCCGUCCGAUGGACGCAGGAGGCCCGAUUCGUAGAGCCACAAGUCUGGGAAUUCCAGGCGUUUCUGAAAAGAGAGAAGCUGGCAGAGUUCCAGCUCUUCGGAUGCAGCAGUCUUGACAUCCGCCUCUUGGCAGAGGAUGUGUCCAAAAAGCAAGAGCUGCGAUUGCUGGAUUUUCAAGAUCCCCGUGGCAGCGCUCACUUCGUUACUGUAGAUUUUGGAGACAUCAACCUUGGGCCGUCCAUGGCUGCAGAGUUGGCGCAAGCCCUGCAGGCGGAGCAGAGCCUGUCUGAGCUGCGCUGCAACAUCAGCAACGCACAUUGCCUGGCACAAAUGGGCCAGCUUUCUGCUAUCGAGCUGCGAGGAAAUUUGGGGGAGCCAGCGCUGGAGAAAUUGGCUGGCCUUCUGCAAAGCUCCGAGUCUCUGAAGAUGCUACGCUUGCCCUCUACUGGCAUCAGUUGCAAGGGAGCAGCAUUGCUGGCAGCCGGCCUUCAGCAGAACGACUUUUUGCUGGAGUUGGACCUUCAUGCCAAUGCCAUUGGAGAUCAGGGUGCCGCCUUUUUGGCCAAAGCCCUUGAGGUGAAUCCCUACGUCCUGGAGUCUUUGGAUCUCUCCGACAAUCGCCUCAGCGAGGCGGCGGUUCCGGGCUUGCAGCAUUCCUUCGCCAACAGCUUCUCCAUGGCGGUCCUCCGCCUAGGAGAGCAUGGCAGCUUGAAGAAGACACCCAGUGCAGCAGUGGGGCUCGAAGGGGAACCCUUGCAGCCGCCGCGGGAUUUGCAGCGCUUUGCGGUGCGCUGUCACCGGCAGGGAGCAGAGAUCCUUGUACAUGACCGAGAUCCAACAGCGGAGCUCUCGGACAUGCAGCAAGAUGAGAAGGAGCUGGAUCUUGUUUUCUCGGUCCCUGGACUCAAACGACAUCACCCAGUGCAUGUCGCGUUGAGCAGCAGGCGCUUGAAGUUCACUGCAGGGGAGGUAUCCUUCGAUGCCGAGCUGUUGGAAGAGAUUGAUCCUCUCCGCUAUGACGUGAGCUGCAGGGAGUCCACACUGGAGCUUUCCUUGACCAAAGCCCAACCCGGCCACUGGAGUCGGCUGCUGCAAUGA